AUGGCCGACCGACUCCGGUUGGCUUGGGGCCGACGUCUUCUUUCUUCUGUCCUCUCUCCCCUCCUCUCGAGCUCCAGUUGUUCGCCGAGAGAGUCGAACUUGUCGCACUUCCCCCCCUGUGGGGGUGGGGUCUCCGUCGGUCGAGUACGACGAGAGAGAGAGAGAGAGAGAGAGAGCGAGCGAGCGCGCGGUCGCUUUUCGGUUGGGGAUCUCGUGUCCGGUUGGGGGGCCGACGGGACGCUGAGCAGAGAGCAGCGAGCAGCGAGCGAGCGGGCGGAGUUCGGUACAUGCGCGCGAGGUGACAGGCAGAGGGGCCUGAUCCCUUCCGCGCCAGAGGGCUCUGGCAGAGCGCCACGUCGCGCCUUUCACCGACAAAUCAUCAAUGACUGGUGA